AUGGCGGACGAUCAGUGGUUCCAUGGUGCCUCACUGUCAGACAUCGGUCGGCCGUCGUCAGACCCGCCAUCAGCGGCGUCAAGCACGGGCGCUCCUCCUCCGCAAACCGGCCGAAUGUCGGCUGGCACUCGCCGGACCGUCAAAGGUGCCGGUUCUGGCACUCCGUCAAAAGGAGCGUCAGGCGGAAUGACGGCCGGGAAGAAACGAAUGGCCGCGGUAACGGAAAAGGCGGUCGGGCUGAAGGAUCGACUACGGCAAGCGAGGGAGGAGGUGUUGGAGCUGCGACAGGACGCGUGCGACCUGCAGGAGUACGCCUCCGCCAAGCUCAUGCGCGCGCAGACCUACCUACAGCUUCUCGCCAAGAAGGCGCACGGACUCGACCAGGUGGCACAGGAGGCAGAGUCAAAGGUGGCGCCUCUGAAGAAGGAGCGCCGGCGGCUCUUCAACAGCCUCAUCCAGUCCAAAGGCAACAUACGAGUGGUUUGUCGGGUGCGCCCAACAUUCGAGCACGAGGACUCACUCGCACUCUCCUUCCAAGACGAAACCACCAUCCGCAUCAACCCCUCCUCCACGGGCACUGCUGCUGCCGGUGCGGCCGGUGCGGCCGGUGCGGCUGGUGCUGGCGGUGCGGCCGGUGCGGCCGGUGCGGCUGGUGCUGGCGGUGCGGGCAGUGCAGGGUCUCCUGGAUCCUUGGGUGGUGGGGGUGGCAGCAGUGGGCUGGCGAAGAGGGACUAUGAGCUGGACCACAUCUAUGGGCCGCAUGUGGGGCAAGGUGAUCUAUUCGUGGACGCGGUGCAGCCCAUGGUGCAGGCUGUGAUGGACGGGUUCAACGCCUCCAUCAUCGCAUACGGCCAGAGCGGAUCGGGGAAAUCACACACCAUGGAGGGCCCGUCCCACGACCGCGGCAUCUUCUACCGAGCGUUUGAUGAGAUCUACGACCUUGCCAACUCAACAUAUGCCCCUGCUGACAGCUACACCUUCCACGUCAGCGUGCUCGAGAUUUUCAACGAGCAGCUGAGCGACCUGCUGGUGAACCCCUUGCAGGCCGGCCAUGGGUCCGUGGGGAAGGUCGAACUCGUGCAUGGGGGGGCGGGAGGAGGCGGCGGAGCAGCAGCAGGGGGAGGCGGAGCAGGCGCAGCAGCAGGAGGAGUAGGAGGGGGUGUGGGGGGGUGGGGGGAGGUGGAGGUGCGGGGGGUGAGGGAGGAGGCGGUGAGCAACCCGAUGGAGUAUGCCAAGGUGGUCAAGACAGCUCUGCAGCACCGCGCGGCAGGGGGAGGUGCAUCUGGGGGAGGUGGGCUUGUUGGUGACAGCAAGGAGCGCAACAAGCUCUCCCACUUGGUGGUGAUAGUGAGAGUGCAUCACGACGACCCAGUGACAGGAGAGCAGCAGGGCAGCAAGCUGCUGCUGGCGGAUCUCGCCUCCAGCGAGCGCCUCCUCGCCUCCUCCUCCGCCUCGGGGGACAGGCUCACCGCCUCGCUGCACGUGCAGAAGCUCACCGCCUCGCUGCACGUGCAGAAGUCAUUCUCAGCCCUGGGCGACUGUCUGUCUGCUCUCACGGGCAAGCGCCCCACCGUGCCGUACGGCAACUCCAAGCUCACCACUCUGCUCUCCGACUGCCUUGGCGGCGAGGCCAAGACGGUGGUGGUGGUCACAUGCAGCCCGUCCGUGCGGGACGUGGCAGAAUCAGCUCUCUCGCUGGCCUUUGCCGCUCGCUCGCGCAACUCUGAGCUCAGCCUGGGCACGCGGGAUACCAUCAAGAAGUGGCGCGACAUGGCGAAUGAUGCAAGGCGGGAGGUGUUUGAGAGUGAGAGGCAGACGGCAGAGGCGCAGCAGGAGGUGCUGCGGCUGAAGGACGCUGUGAGGGCGAGCGAGCAGACGGGGUGUGUGCUGCUCACCGAGCUGCAACGCGCCUGGGCGCAGGCUGGCCUGGUGGAGGCGCAGCACCACGCUGAAGUGGAAAGACUCCUGGUGAGAGGGGAGGAGGAAGGGAAGAGAGGGGUGGAGGCACAGCGGCGGAUGGAGGAGGAGUGGGAGACUCGAGCAGUGUUGGAAGGGGCAAAGACCGUGAGGGAGCAUGAGGAGGAGAUGGAGCGCGUGCAGCAGCAACACAUUGCGGAGAUAGAGGCGUACAAGGUCCAAGUGGAGCAGCUGCACGGGCGGCUGGCAGAAGCAGCCGAAAUGGCGGCGACGGUGGCGGCACUGCGCCGCCCGCAGGAGGACUCAGCAGAGGUGGCGGAGCUGAGGCAACGAUACGAGGCGGCGGUGCAGAAGAUGAUAGCGUAUAAGAACGAGCUGGAGAAGAGCGAAGCGCUCACGCGGUUCCCCCCAGUCGAACCCCUCUCAUCCCCUCUCUCCCCUCCCUCUCCCUCCCCUCUUCUCCCUCCCUCCCCGUCUUCCCCCAAUCACCAGGAGCUGAACUCAGAGAAUGCCAGUCUGCUGUCUCGCCUGGAGGCCACCAACAGCGCGCUGGCCCAGGCAAGCAGUAGCAGCAAUGAAUCCUCUCCCCCCCCUUUCCCUUCACCCCUCUCUUCCCCUCCUUCGCCCUGCAUAUUCCCCCCUCCUCCUCCCCAGGCUGCUCUCGAGAAUUCUGCCCUCAUGAAGGUGGAUGCCCAUGUGCAGGCCCAGGCCCAGGCGCAGGCACAGGUGCAGGCCGGAGAGGGACAGGCAAUCACUGCAAAUGGCACAGCGGGACACGGGGAUGGAGGAGCAGGGGCAGGCGAAGGCCAGGGCGCUCAGCAGCAGGGGCAGGGGACUGAAGGGAAGCAGGCGGGUCCUGCUGCUCGUGCUGCUGCUGCUGCUACUGCUGCUGCUGCUGCUGCUGCUGCUGUGAGAGUGGGUGCAGGGGGGUUGCAGCCGCAGCAGCAGCAGCAGGCGGGAAGUGGUGGGGAGUGGGAGAGGCGGAGGGAUGAGGUGGUGGGGCGGAUGAAUAGGGUGAUGGUGGACGCGCAGAGCGAUGCCGCUGCUCUGGCUGAGGAGAGCAACGCAUGCUUGAGAGAGGUGCGUGGUGGAGGGCAGUGCUGGGUGGUGGGGAGCAGAGGUGAGUGUGCGAGAAAUUGCAUUGCAUCCCAUGUCCCGGCCAUCGAGCGGUUUUUGGAGAAAGCCCUUCCACAGCCGGCCAAGCCAGCUCUGCAGAAGAGCUCCACGUUUGCGCUCCCCACCACCGCCACCCCCGCGCCCGGCUCCACCCUCCGCACGUUCCGCCUCGACCUCAAGCUGCCGGGGGGGGACAAGGGGGCAGCGGGCGCGGGCGCAGGGGGUGGUGGGAGUGCGAGCAUCGCGGACCGGCGGGGCAGUGCGUCGUUCCGUCUGCCGUCGUUCCGAGCGGGUGGGAAGAAGGCCGCGGGCGCAGCAGGAGGGUCUGCUGUUAAGGUGUCAGAGGCACGGAUCAAGGAGAUUCGGCAGGAGGCAGCAGAUCACGCCAAGGGCCAGAAGGAGCUCGCCCUAGUCUUCGCUCACUUCGCCACCGCCAAACCCACCGCCACCACCACCACCGCCGCCGCCGCCACCGCCCCGCUCUCCCACCCCUCCUCGCUCCCCGCUGACCUCAUCGCCCGUGUCGCUGACGUCACCAGCCUGGAGCAGCGAGUGCUGCAGUGGACCGGAUCGCAGUUUGGAUUCUGGGCGGCGAGCGAGCCGCCCAGGGACGCGCAGGAGGACGUGGUGGCGGUGGCGGCGGCGGUGGUGGAGGGGUGGCGGGAGGGGCUGGGCACGUUCAUGCGGUACAGCGAGGAUGCCCUGGGACAGGUGCUGGCGGAUUGGAGCUUCCGGCAGUACCGGUCGCAGCUGGGGAACCUCAAGGACGUGGGCUCCUCCUUGCUAGUGGAGGAAGCGGACGACAUGGAGCAUGUGAUCAAGCUGCGCCUGGGGCUGGAGGCGGUGAGGCACAAGCGCGCCAAGCUGCUGAGGGACGUGGCGGCAGACGCGUCACUGGGGGCGCACAGGGAGGAGCUGCUGGAGGGGCAGAAGCGGUGGGAGGCGGAGGGGGGGGUGAAGGAGGAGAGCCGGAUUGGUUCGCUUGCUGCUCUUGAGAAGAUCUUUCGCGCAUGCCAGGUGGGAUGCCAUGGAAGCGCUGAUGCCAUGGAAGCGCUGUCAGCGUCGCGCAUGCCGCCAGAGGAGGCGGUGAACGGCAUGCGGGAGGGGCUGGCGAGGCAGCAGCGGGAGGAGCUGCCAGUGCUGGCGGGGCCAGACAAGAUGGUGGGCGAGCAGAUCAUCGCGUAUGCCCUGCAGUUCUUCCCGCAGGGGGAGGAGCUGCCGGUGCUGGCAGGGCCGGACAAGAUGGUGGGCGAACAGAUCAUCGCCUAUGCCCUGCAGUUCUUCCCUUCGGUGCUGGCGGGGCCGGACAAGAUGGUGGGCGAGCAGACCAUCGCGUAUGCCCUGCAGUUCUUCCCCGUGAGUGCCGGGGGUGGGGUUUCAGGGAUCCCGCAUCAAACUCUUUCGCCUUCUCGCUUCUGUCUCUCCUACCCCUCCUUCCCCUCAAACUCCGUUCCCUACGCUGACCCCUUCUCUCUUCCCAACCCUUGCUCCCUCGUGUCCCCUCACCAACAGCAGCAGCACAACGGCAACCAAGAGCAGCAGGAGGGUGGUGGUCUCUCCAGGCGUCUCUUUCACGACGGUGAGCAGGCAGGCGCCCCUCCUGCUUCCCAUGCUGGUGCCGCCUCCUCUCCUGCACGAAACUCCACCUCUUCUGCUGCUGCUGGUGCUGCUGCUGCUGCAGCACACCACCCAUCCUCCCCCUCGCGACACAGUGCCACUGGUUCCCCCUCCCGCCGCCUGUCUUCCCCGUCGCGCCGCCCCUCCUCUCCCUCCCGCUCUUCCCUCUCCCACCUCGCACCGUCCCAAGGUGGGCUGGUGGAUGGGCUGGGGCGAGGUACAGGAGAGGGAGCAGACGGAGCAGUGGGAGGGGGAGUAGGACGGGAAGGGGGAGGAGAGAGUGCUGCUGCUGGCCUGUCUAUGGGAGGGGAGGGGGACAGUAUGCCAGCCACAGCAGCAGGAGCAGGAGGAGUAGGGGCAGCAGCAGGAGGAGUAGGGCCAGCAGCAGGAGGAGUAGGGGCAGUGGCAGCAGGCAGUGUGGCAGCAAGGCAGGAGGAGGUGCGGAGGAGGGCGGAGCAGGAGGGGGUGAGGAAGUGGACGGCAGUGCAGCUGAACAGUGCAGAGGGGCCGCUUGUCAUCAAGUGCGGCGCCACGCACCACCUCCAACUCGCUAUCAAAUACUCCUCCGCUGCUGCCGAUGCUGCCGGCGGUGCUGCUGCGUUUGCAGCUAAGACCACAUCAGGGUCUCUCGAACCGGACACUCUUUCCGUUCUCCCCGACCCAUCCUCCCUCUCUGGGCUUUCUCUGGACCGGAUCCGGUCGGUUCUUUCGCCGCUUCUCCCUGCUCCUAUCGUCCACGUCAUCGUCGCCAAGUCAGCCAACGCCACGCGGGCGCGGUACGGCCGGAUCCACUCCACCCUCGCCGCCCGCGUGCCGGUCCUACGUGGCGCGCCCAGCAGCACCGGCCCCGCCACGUCGCGCGCUGCGGAGUCGCCGACCACUGUCGCGCGGCCAACUGGCAGCUACAGUGCCACGAGCACUCCCGGGCGGGGAGUUUCGUCUGGAGCGGGAUGGGGAGGCGGCGUGAAAGGGGGGAGGAGGAGCACGGGGGUGGGGGGCGUAGGGGGUUCGAUAGGAGGGCGAGGAGAUGUUGUGGAGUUGGAAGGGAGGAGCUGGUCUAGAGGGGCGUCUCUUGCUAACUCGGUUGCUGCCACCCCCAUCUCGUCAAGCCCAUUGCAUGGGCCGUUGCGAGGGGGAGGAGGCAUGAUGGGAGGGAGUGUGCGGAUGAGUUUAGAUGCCAGAGCUGGUGGGGAAGGAGGAGGGGGAGGAGGGGAAGGUGGAGUGGGAGGGAAAUCUCUGAAAAAGAGUUCGAGCAUGCAUGAGUUUCCGGAUGGCUUGUAG